AUGAGCGUGGGGCCAAGGACGCCGUGCAGGGGCACCAGCCACAGGCGCAGGGCCGCCUCCGAGGGCGCGGGAGGGGCCGCCAGCCGCUGCGGUCGUGGGCUCGUGGCCGCAGUCGGAUAUCAACCGCCAGCCGCUGUGCAGGCUUGGCCACUGGACCGGCCACCGGUGGCAACUGGCCACGGGCCGCAGGCGCGAGGUCGCCGCCACUGCAGGCCGCACGCUGAGGGGCGCGUGCGUGUGGGAGAAGCCCACUGCCAUCCGGGCGUGAAGGCUCUACCGCCGGUCGAGCGCACCACCGCCGCAGCACUCGAGCAUGUGGGAGCCGCGCCGCGCGUGCGGUUCCGCUUCCGCCGCCGUAAGGCAGGGCACGCGAACGCCACAAGCCAUGCGGGCGGGAGCCGGAGGGGCGCGCAGCAACCAGCGUGGUGGCAGUCUUUGUGUCCAGAUGCAUUUUUCUCCGCCUAA